CCGAGGAGAGCCCCGCGGGCAGCGCGGGGCUGCGGAGCCGCAGCGCGCUCGGCCGGGCCCGCGGAGCCGCGCCCCGCUCCGCGAUGCCGAGCUUCCUGAAGUGGCUGCUGGGGAUCCUGGGGGUCGCCGUGGUUGUGGUGGUCAUCACCGUGCCCCUGGUGCUGCUCACCCGCCAAGAGACCUCUUCAGGAAAAACGUACACUCUACAGAAUUACUUGAACAAUGACUAUAAGUAUAAAACACAUAAUUUGGAGUGGAUUUCAGGAAAUCAGUAUCUUCACAAAACAGAGAAUGGGGACAUCCUGUGUAUCAGUGCUGACAACGGAACAUCCUCAGUAAUCCUGGCAAAUACAACAUUAGAUGAGUACCAGGCAAGCACUGUUACAUUGUCUCCUGACCAAAAGUUUGCUCUUCUGCAAUACAGCUAUACAAAGUUGUGGAGGCAUUCCUUUACAGCUUCAUAUCACAUCUAUGAUUUCAGUAGCAGUUCUAUCUUAGAUGAUGGACUUCUACCUAAUGAUACACAGUAUAUAUCCUGGUCACCUGUUGGUCAUAAACUGGCAUAUGUUUGGAAUAAUAAUGUUUAUGUAAAAGCUUCACCAACAGCAGAAGCUGUGCAAAUCACUCAAAAUGGAGAAGAAAAUAAAAUUUUCAAUGGAAUACCAGACUGGGUUUAUGAAGAGGAAAUGUUUGGCACCCAUUCUGCUCUGUGGUGGUCUCCAAAUGGCAAUUUUUUGGCAUAUGCAUCCUUUAAUGAUACAGAAGUCCCUGUUAUAGAGUAUUCCUUUUAUUCUGAAGACACCUUGCAGUAUCCAAAGACCAUUAAAAUCCCAUAUCCCAAGGCAGGAGCUACAAAUCCAACUGUACAAUUCUUUAUUGUGGAUACCACAUCACUUCCAGCUUCCCGCCCUGUUGAAAUUUUUCCACCUGCAGAAAUAGAAUCAAGUGAUCAUUAUUUGAGUGUUGUAACAUGGGUGACAGAUGAAAGGAUUUGUCUGCAGUGGCUCAGAAGAAUUCAGAAUUUUUCAGUCCUCACAGUCUGUGACUUUGAAAAUGCUACUUGGUCAUGUCCAAAGGAAAAACAAUUUACUGAAGAAAGUACAACUGGCUGGAUUGGCAGAUUUCAGCCAUCUGUCCCUCACUUUGCACCCGACAAUGCUUCCUACUACAAAGUCUUCAGCGACACAGCAGGUUACAAGCACAUCCAUUACAUAAAUGGCUCACAGGUUCCAGUAGCUAUUACUUCAGGAGAUUGGGAAGUAAUCAGCAUAGAAGCUGUAACCAAUAAAUUUUUAUACUACAUCAGUAAUGAAAAUAAUAAGAUGCCAGGAGGAAGAAAUCUUUAUAAAGUGCUCUUGGAAAGCAGUCCAAAAUUUACUAAAUGUGUUAGCUGUAAUCUGGAUGAAAAAAGAUGCCAGUAUUAUUCUGUGUCCUUCAGCAAAGACACGCAGUAUUAUCAGCUAAAUUGUCUCGGUCCUGGCCUGCCCAUGUCUACCCUGCACAGAAGCACUGAUGAUGAAGUCCUCAGACACUUGGAAAAUAACACUGAACUGGAAAAUUCAUUGAAAGAUAUUCAGAUGCCUUCAAAAAAAUUUGGCUCCAUUAGUAUAGGUGGAUAUGACCUGUGGUAUCAAAUGAUUCUGCCUCCCCAUUUUGAUGAAUCAAAGAAGCAUCCUCUGCUCCUUGAUGUGUAUGCAGGACCUUGUAGUCAGAAAGUAGACCAAGCCUACCGGAUCAGCUGGGCGACUUACCUGGCCAGCACGGAGCGCGUCAUCGUGGCCAGCUUCGACGGCAGGGGCAGCGGCUACCAGGGGGAUCAAAUCAUGCACGCAAUAAACCGGAGGCUGGGAACCUAUGAAGUGGAAGAUCAGAUAGCAGCAGCCAGAAAGUUUUCUGAAAUGAGCUUUGUUGAUAAGGACAGAAUAGCUAUUUGGGGUUGGUCUUAUGGGGGAUAUGUGACCUCCAUGGUGCUUGGCUCUGGAAGCGGCGUGUUCAAGUGUGGAAUAGCGGUUGCCCCCGUGUCACGCUGGCAAUAUUAUGAUUCAAUAUACACAGAGCGAUACAUGGGCCUUCCUACAGAAAAUGAUAAUCUGAAGAACUAUAAUAGUUCAACAGUAAUGGCCAGAGCUGAAAAAUUCAAGGAAGUUGAAUAUCUCCUUAUUCAUGGAACAGCAGAUGAUAAUGUUCACUUUCAGCAAGCAGCACAGAUUUCCAAAGCUCUUGUUGAUGCUGAAGUGGAUUUUCAGGCAAUGUGGUACACUGACAAAGACCAUUCCAUCUCCGGUCAAGCACAUAAGCAUAUUUAUACCCAUAUGAGCCACUUCAUAAAGCAGUGUUUCUCACUGCACUAGCACCAGCAUUUUGCUUGUUACUGAUGGUACUUCUACAGAAAACUCUCAUGAUAAUGUACUCUGAGCCAGUAUAAAUCAAGAUGAGAUAAGAAUCAGCUCUUGGGAUACCGGUGUACACAGUGAAAUGCUAAUCUUUGUAAUGAUUCCUGUUGCCAAGCAACUAUUGCAUUUUUAUUGAUUGUGUUUAAUCGGGUCUUAACAUCACCAGAAUGAUGUUGCAGACUUCUAGGAACCAUGGUACUUGCUUGAGUAAUUACCUUUUGAUAUUUCAGUCUAAAAGAGAAACAAUCCAGUUUGUAUAUUAGAGAAAGGAAUGAUAAAAAUGUCACAUGGCAAUCAGUCACAGAAUAAAAAUAUAAUAAUGUUUCCAUCAAAAAUUAAAUUAACCCUGGGGUAAUUUCUGUGAAAAUAAUGAAGAAACAUUUGAAACAUUUUUGCAGAAAUUCGUAAGGCUUGAUAAUUAUUAUUUUAGAAUGAGUAUCAGGAAUACUGUGAUGUUAAUAUGUGCAGAAUGAAAUACUUUAUACUGCAGUUUCUGAAGUAAGUGUUUUCUCUCCAAUCCCUUGUAUUACAGUUGUAGAACUCUUGCAAGGCAAGCACAAAACCAGCUUUCACCAAAGAUUCUGAAUGAUACCUAGUCAAACCAGUGUCACUGGAUUUUUUUGUGUGCUAUCAUAUAGUACUGUGAUUUUUGCUUAUUUUAUAGUAAAAAUAGCUGCUUCACUGGGAAUGUGCACUGCAAAAUCUCCUCUGGGAACAAGAACCCCAUUUUUUUAAUGUAGAAGUUGCUCAUGUUGUGAUGAAUAGGAACUGAUUCUUACACUGAAACAUAAAACAUUACAAUGCGAACUAGCAGUCACUCUCCUGUGAACAUGCUCUUUAGCAAAACCUUACAGCCUACCAAUAAAUAUCUGCUUUCUUUACAGCACUCCAGGUAGGCUUCUCCAUCUCAUCUGAGGAUUAAUUUUCUUAAUUUCACAUAGAAAAAAUACAAUCCACUUGUACUAAAAAUUGUGCUGCUUUAAAAUAAUAAAGACAUUAAUUUAUGAAAGGAGGUGUAGUCCAUAUGCUUGGAAAUGUUGCUUCAGAAAAAGAACACUAGAAUAUUUUUAAAUCCCUGUUAAUUUUGAGGAUGAC